AAGGGGCAGUACUUGAAUCUGAUUGGCCGCUGGGCUUGGUGAGUUUUCAAAUCGAGCAGCGGCUGACGCAGCUGUCAAAACUAGGAUAGCGAGUGUGUUUCUGCAGCGAUGAGGACGAAUGAGUUUGACUCUUCGUCUGAGGAAGAGGAGGCUGCACACGAGCAGCUCACACCCUUCAAGAUCUCCUGGAUACCUCUGCAUACUGUGGAGAGCUCGCAGUGUCUGGGGAUCUGUGCACUACCCGGCUGCAAAUACAAAGACAUCCGCCGGAGUCUGCAGAGAGACGUUGAGGAGCUGCAGAACCAGGGGGUGCAGGAUGUGUUUGUGUUCUGCACCAGAGGAGAGCUGAGCAAGUACCGGGUCCCCUCGCUGCUGGAGGUGUACGCGCAGCGGGGUUUCACCGUGCAUCACACACCCUUCCCCGACGGAGACGCACCGGCGCUGGAGCUGAGCUGCCAGAUCCUGGAGGAGCUGCAGCUCAGCCUGCAGAGCAGCAGGAGGACCGUCAUACACUGCUACGGAGGCCUGGGACGCUCUGGAUUAAUCGCCGCCUGCCUGCUGAUGCUGCUCUCUGUCACGAUGACUCCUAACAAGGCCAUAGAGAUCCUGAGGGAGCACCGAGGAGGAGGAGCCAUCCAGACGGUGAAGCAAUACAACUUCCUGCACGAGUUCCGGGAGAGGUUUGCAGCGUACCAGCAGAGCAGAGAGGUCUCCACAGAGCGCUGCGUGUCGCGGUGAAGAUGUGUGUGUGUGGUGUGGUGUGGUGUGGUGUGUGUGUGUGUGGGUGUGUGUGUGGUGUGUGUGUGUGUGUGUGUGUGUGAGAUAUAAAGGUAUUCUCGGAUGGUGGCACUUGAACAGAGUACUCUAAUAUAUUGCUUUCCUCUUCCUCACUACGAUCACAUUAAAGACUUCCUGCUGGGUGACAUUAGUUUGCUUAAAUCUGCGUUUACUUUAAUUUUAGACGUGUUUCUGUGAGACUGGAUAAAGGGCUUCUGUCUUUCAGAUCGUGUACUUGAGUAAAAGUACCAGAGUGUAGGAAUACUGUUACAGUACACUUUUUAAAGAGAUCCUUUAAAACGUUUUGAAAAAGCAUGGACCUCAACUAUUGUAAGAUUGGACCUGUGAAUAAAUGUCUGUAGAAAAGCAGAAA